AUGCUAAGAAAAACAUCUCGGGCAUGCAUUCGUACAAUUAACAGUGAAUUUUGUGUUUUUUGAUUUUGUAAAAUCAGCAAAUUUUUGCAACAAAUUUGCUCGUACUAAAAAAACCGUUAUCAGAAAAUAUCAUUACAUCAUUCGGUGUCAUUCAGUUCGGAUGUUUGAAGAUGAAGAAAAUUACAGCCGUGGCUUAUAAUCGUUUGUAAACCUUUGUUGUCCAUAGAAAAAUCGAAAAUCGUGUCACACAAUUUGUCGCCAAAAAAUGUCGAAUCGAAUCUUUCCGAAUCUCAUAUUGAGCAGAGAUGAACAACAAACAGCGGCUGAAACUUGGAAGGAAGUUUACAAUGAACGUGGUGAAAAUAUCGCAAUCGCUGGCAUCACACAGCUGAUAUUGGAUCUAUUGGCAUCGACAUGCCACAAUGUGAUUGACGGUGAGUUUGAACUUCCACAUGCAAUCGACCUGAAAACGUUUGAUUUGGAUGAAUUCAUGUCGAUUCACACAAAAAACAAGAUAUUCAACGUCAAUGGACUGCAAGAGAAUGAUGUAAAACUAGCUGAAUUGAUCAUACUACUGGUAAAAGAAUCAAAUGAAAAAGAAAUGGGUUGGCUUGAGCAUUUUCAAAAGAUUAUUCGCGCAAUGCUGCGAAACGAUCAUGCAUCACAAUUAGUUGCAAACACUGUUGUUUGUCUCUACACACACGCAAUAGUUUUGCGAUACGAUACGAACACGACUGCAGCCAUCAAAAAUCAAAUGCAACAAAUGCAACGAUUCAUGUCAAUGGGAAUUGCAGAAAGUAAUCUCACACAACCAGGCAUGACGGCAAUAAUUGAUGCAUUUUUCCGUCAAGAUACCAAUUAUAUGAUUGAAAGAGAUACAGCUGGUUGUGUUGAAAUUGUUGCAAACUUUUUACGGUUCGAACAUGUGGAUGUCAAUGGCCAUGCAAUAACAAAGAUCAUUGAAUGUGGUAAAUCAGCGAAUGGCCACAAUUGGCUGCAAUUUUGUACAAAUCAAAACAUUGUUCGCGAACUGACUAUAAUCAUCACAUCAAUUUCUGGAGUUAAGGUUCGAAAAUUGGCGCUUGAACUGGCAUGUAACAUGCAAGAACCGGUUCGAAAUCGCAAUGUAUUCACAGAGCAAGUGUUGCGAUGGUGUGUUUACAGCGACAAUGAAAUUGUACAACAAUUAACUGCGAAACUAUGCCGCCUAAUGCUUCGUGGAAUAAACACUGACAUAGCAGAUCCAUCCACCGUAGUAAUUCGAGCAACACAGCUAUUUCAACGAUUCCGCAGAGAUUACACAAAGUGUCCAAAGCGUUUGGUAAAUACAUUUUUCUUUGAAUUCACCAAUUGGGAUGCUGUGUUCGAAGCCAUUGGAUUACGGUUGGAUAACACAGAAUUCAUCAACGAAUUGUUCUCUUUGUUGGAGCGUGUAAUUGACCGUUUCAAAAUGAAAAUUGUUCUUUCAAACGACGCUGUAGAACACAUACGCAUUUUCAUUCAUCAUGCCAUUCAAUACAUGAAUAAUCUUGAUCGCAAAUAUGUCAGAGUCUAUGCAAACAUCAUUUAUUCCAUUAUACAUGCAGACAUCUUACUGAACAUUAACCCUGAAAAUCUCUUCAAGUUGGGAGAAAUUGUGUCGGAAAUAUUCUUGAAUUUCUUCGAUGACUUCACUCAUCAAAUGAAUGUGAUUACUGUGUUUCAAAUAUUGGUCGAUAAAUCAUACAUUCGUAAUGAUUCAUGGAUGACUGAUCUCGAUCAAUUCCUGGCAGAACGAAAUGCUAUGCAGCGGGAUUUGCAAAAGGGACUUCAAGAGAACGUUGAUUUCGAUGGAAAUCAAAAUGUUCUGAACACAUUCAUGAAACUCAGUGUGUUUUCCUGUAAAAAACUGAUAUCAAGCCAAAAAAUUGUUACGAUUUGCAAUCAAUCGAACAUAUUGGUCAUGGAUAUGACAAAUCAGCUGGAUUUGUCGAAAAACCGAACAUUUUUGGCAUAUAACCUCAUCAUUUUGGUUCAAAGUUAUGUUGCCGUUUGCCAGAAUCAUGUCGACCAUGAUGUUUCUGUUCAAAAAAUCACCAAGCGCUUGCUGGAAAUUCUACAAAAAACUCAAGAAGAUUUUGACUUUUUGUGCAUGGCGGUAUUCUGGUGUCUCAGUGAAUUUGAGCUUCGUUUUGCUGCUGUAUCCACCACAGUUGACAUCAAAGUGCUGUCACAAAACAUGUUGAAGAAGAUUAGCCUGGUCAUUGACGAUAAUGGCGUUAAUCACACUCAACUUCGGUAUAUUGAAUAUAUGCUGAAGCAAUUAAAAUUACUGCUAUACGCCAAACGUGACAUUGAGCUUCGCGAUAUUGUGGUUAAACUUUUACAGAGAUUUCCCGAUCACGACUAUGCUUUUGCAAUGUUGCAAUGGUGCAUUGGCAUGCCAAAUAUACUAGCGAAUUGUGCUAUUGCUGUGCUCCGAGAACUUUCAACGAAGAAAAUGAAACAGGAAUUCAUGCAACGCAUCGAAACCAUCAUAAAUAAUUCAUCAGUUGAAAAUAAAAGCGUGUUAUGGGUACGAAUAAUGCGAGCAGGAUUGAAUGAAUUAGGACAAGAUGCACAAGCAGGUCAAAGUCAACAAUGGGUGAAAAAGGCCAAACAAAGCGGACUAGUUCUAAGCGAAGUUACAUUCAGAAAUUUGAGGGACAUGAAUGAGACGACACAGGAAGAACCGCCCGCCCCAUUUGAAUCAACGAAUGAGUCGAAUGUGUCGAUUGCGUGAAGAACAAAUCCAAAUUGCAGUUUUUGUUAUUUAUACAGAAAAAUAAAGUAAAUAUAAAUCGAAUUGAUCGAUGCCUUUCAUCAUAAUAUAAAAAAAAAGUAUAAUUGAUGUAUACAAA